ACGGGUUAGUUGGAUUCAAGUGGCUAGUGACGGUGUCAGGUGGAGCGCUACAGGUGUCGUUUGAUAUGUAGACUGGAUGCAGGUCCCAGAGAGUAACUGAUUUACUUGCAAAACUACCAUCGUUAAAAUUGUGUUAGAAGACUCAGCAAUCGAAGUGGUUAUCAGAUAAUAUCACGUGAGUGGUUUAGAUGAUAGUGAUGCUGAAUUGAGGACAUAUUCAAAUAGUUCAGUGUUAAGAAGUCUAAAGAAAAGGUACCAAAUAGACUUCCAGUUGAAAUUGUCAUACCCUAUGUUGGGGUAAUACAGCCGAAAUAAAGCCCAGCAAAGACAAUAAUAUAAAAUGAACUACCUGCAACAAUCAGAAGAAACAACAGAGCCACUGAAUACCGCAGAAAAAACCGAAAUCAGCAUUACACCGGAGUCACCUGAAGUUUUCCGAAUAAUCCUCCCACCGGGUCGUUGUACAAAGCGUCUCCUUAACAUAAGUGAUGUCUUCCUUUCACUAUUCGUGAUAACUCCACUGGUCGUGGCUCAUUGGAAAGGAACCUGGGCAUUUAUAGAGCGACAUCCUGAACAGUUUCCACCAUGGAUGAGCUUCCUUUUUGGCUGCACCCUGCACACUUCAUUCGUCCUGAUCAAGGAGCUCCUUCACAUGGAAUUCACAGCACCAAAUGACGGAUACAAAUCAGUGAAGAAAAUCAUAAGCCAGAAUAUAAUAGUGAAAAUCUACACAUACCUUUUUAGUUUGGGAUGCAAUUUGAAUUGGCAAGGAGGGUGGGCUGCCUUGCAAGUUGUAUUCGGGACUGAAUUGAAAGGAGCAGUGAUACCAUCUGCUAUUUGUUUGGUGCUCUUGUUGGCAUUGAAAGGAAUCCGUAACUUGGCUGCGCCCCCCGUAUUUGUUGCACUGGAUAAUAAGGACAUUGCGUUUUCAUUCCCUACAAGGUUUCGUGUUCAGGGGAGUCACGAGCCCGGACUGUACGUUCUGGAUUGUAUAUUUUCUGUUCUAGUCGUAGGAACACUAGUAGUUGUCGCAUGGCGUGGAUCCUGGGUAUUUUUAGACUUAACACUGUAUCCUGGAAAUCCAACCUAUUCAGCGUGGGGCUCGCUGGUAAUAGGAUACGGUAUUGUAGGAUUAACCUUCGCCUUACAACCCAUCAUGAGGUGGACCUGCGAUCGACUUACUGGCUUAUGGCGAAUUGCUGUAGCUGACAUAUUCCUGUUUCUUAGUUUUCUAGGAACCAUUAACGUAUGGCGAGGAGUAUGGCAACUAUUAGAUAUUUAUUUCCUUCCAGAUAAUCGUCUUCUAAGCGAUUGGCUGACACAUGGUCUCUCCUUCGUGUUACUAGCGCUCCUCAACUGUUCCAACUCAGUUCUAGUCCGGGGCGUUUACAUUGAUGCCGAGGAACCAGCUGGACAAUGUGUUGUCUUCCCAAUUCACUACAUUCGACUGUUCUUCCAGAAAGAACGAACCAAGAAGCAAAGGCGUCUCCUGGAUGCACUAGAGCGCCAGGACCAAAACAACACCAUGUUCUUGUUAGACAAAUCCCAAACAAAUAAUAUUAAAAUAGUUAAGAGUAAUGUAGGCAAACUAAGUGAUCCUGAGAUGAAACAAUUGACAAAUUUGACAAAUUUAAGUGAGAGGACCAAAAACGGCACAGACCAAAAUGUUUUGAAGGAUUAGCGAUUUCGUUGUUUGGAUCUAGUUAGUUUGUUUUACUUUUUUUACGAAUAAACAAAGAUGGCGUAAGAUCGGGAACCUUUGGUAAAUCGAAAUCACCCUGUUUUGGUUGUCGAAAACUUCAUCUUUAACUUAUUGUAAUUAUCUAUGCAUAUGUGCGCUGCAUUUGUAUUAAUUUAUUAUGUUAAUAGGCUUAUCGUUAGCGAAAUUUAUAGGAAAUCUUAUGAACAUUCCAGUGAAUCAUUGAAUGGUCGUAAACGUGAACCGUAAAUAUUGUAAAUAUUUAGUCUGAAUAAAAUGAUUAUUGUUGAUA